AAUAUUUUUUUUUUAAAAAGGUAAAAAAUCCGUGCUUUUUUCCCCAAGCAAAUAGGCUCCUCCUCCUUUCUCUACGGCGUGCAAUUCUGGUGUGUCCGUAGGUCGAGCGAUCCGCCAUUUUCAACGUCAAUUCAGACCUCUUUUCACUAACAAUGGAGACCUGCCCUGCAAUUAAGAACAUUCUGCUUCUAGAUUCCGAAGGAAAGCGUGUUGCUGUAAACUACUACUCAGAUGAUUGGCCAACAAAUGCUGCAAAGGAAGCUUUUGAGAAGGCCGUGUUUGCCAAGACUCAAAAGACUAAUGCUAGGGCAGAAGCGGAGAUAACAAUGUUUGAUAAUUAUAUUGUUGUCUACAAGUUUGCCCAAGAUCUUCAUUUCUUUGUUACUGGGAGUGACAAUGAAAAUGAAAUAAUCCUUGCCAGUGUGCUCCAAGGAUUCUUUGACGCUGUUGGUAUUCUUCUUAGGGGCAAUGUAGAAAAGAAGGAGUCACUUGAAAAUUUGGAUCUUAUUCUUUUGUGUCUGGAUGAAAUUGUUGAUGGCGGAAUUGUUCUUGAAACGGAUGCUAAUGUUAUUGCUGGGAAAGUGGCAAGCAAUAGCGUUGAUUCUGGGGCACCUUUGUCAGAGCAGACUAUAAGUCAAGCAUUGGCAACUGCACGAGAACACUUGGCAAGAUCUCUUCUCAAAUGAUUUGUUGGGUCCACAAAAGAAAGGGAAACCAAGGUCUUGCAAGUACUGAUUUUCUUUCCUUCUGAAUGAACUAAUUGAUGAGCAUCAAGUUACAUGUGUUUUGGCAAAAAACAAAAAAAAAAGUUUCUACUUACACCCAGUCUGUUGUUUCUACAUGUUUGGAUUUUGUUGGAUACACUAAGAUGUAGAUCAUGUAAUACAAACUUGAUUCUAGUGUAGA